UAUAAAUUGUCUCACAGAGAGAGAGAGAGAGAGUGAGAGAGAGCGAGAGGGUGCAACAAAAUCCGAAGGCGGUGUUAGGUUGGGCGAAGUCUAUGUACUGCUUUAUCUUUAACGUUUUGACAGAGGAAAAAUCGAUUCUCGGCUUUGUCUCUAUCUGAAGUUCUUGAAGCUGCGACCGGGAUCUUCCCGCUCAGUCGACCCUGUUCUCCUGCAGUGGCUCUCCGUUGCUUUCAUCUGUACAGAGUUGCUGGUCUUUGGCAAUGAAAAGAGGAUACAAAGAAUCAUCAUCCCCAUCCACCUCUCUAGGGCCGCCUCAGUCGAGAGUCAAGUACAAUCCAGACGGUGACUCUGAAUUUCUCGAAGAUGAAAGCACAAAGCUCUUUGCUAGGAAAGUGGCUGACCACUACAGCGCUCGGACUAAUCAGACACUGGAAGAGCGGGAAGCGAGUCCAAUUAUUCAUUUAAAGAAACUUAAUAAUUGGAUAAAGAGUGUCUUAAUUCAGCUCUAUGCUCGGCGAGGAGAUGCAGUUCUCGACCUUGCAUGUGGCAAGGGUGGCGAUCUUAUCAAGUGGGACAAGGCGAAAAUUGGAUAUUAUGUUGGCAUUGACAUAGCAGAAGGCUCGAUAGAAGAUUGCAGAACACGUUACAAUGGUGAUGCUGACCACCAUCAGCGGCGUAAAAAGUUCACAUUUCCUGCACGCCUCAUAUGUGGAGAUUGUUUUGAGGUUCGCUUGGAUAAAGUUCUAGCGGAAGAUGCUCCUUUUGAUAUCUGCAGUUGCCAGUUUGCAAUGCAUUACUCUUGGUCAACCGAAGCACGAGCUCGCCGAGCCUUGGCCAAUGUAUCGGCUCUCCUUCGUCCUGGCGGAACCUUCAUCGGAACAAUGCCUGAUGCCAACGUGAUCAUAAAAAAGCUCAGAGAAGCUGAAGGACUUGUCUUGGGUAAUAGCGUGUACUGGAUAAGGUUCGACGAAGAAUUUUCUGAAAAGAAAUUUAAGUCCUCCAACCCCUUUGGAAUCCAGUACAAGUUCCACCUUGAGGAUGCUGUCGAUUGUCCUGAAUGGAUAGUUCCUUUCCACGUGUUCAAGUCAUUAGCAGAAGAGUAUGAUUUGGAGGUAGUUUUUGUAAAGAAUUCACAUGAAUUUGUGCACGAAUAUAUGAAGAAACCGGAAUAUGUGGAGUUGAUGCGGAGGUUAGGGGCCUUGGGAGAUGGUAACCAAGACCAAAGUACAUUGUCACCAGAUGAGUGGGAGGUAGCUUAUCUGUACUUGGCGUUUGUCCUGAAGAAGAAAGGCCAACCCGAUCGCUCGCAAUCAAACAAGAGAAGAGACAAAGGGAAGAUGCAGAUAUCAAAAGAGGACAUCAUGAAUAUCAGUGGCGAAUUUUGAAGGGAAGAAUAGCAGCUAACUGGAGGCAGCAGAUGGAGAAUCAGCCCAGUCUCCUGUUGUUCUUUCGCAAAAUUGAUUUGUCAAUUUUGUAGAUUCAAGAGUUUCAAGUUUGCAAUAGUUGGCAUUGAACCGGCUGUUCAUGGAUAUAAUGCCCGGUUCUGUGUGAGGCGUACAAGAAAGUAUAUAAGACAUGGGCAGAGAUCAACUUUAUUUUACGAGGUGAACGUCACCGGACAUCAAUGUAGUAGGUAACUGAACAUGUAACAGUUUUGAGGAAAUCCUCGGCAACAAAAGUACACUGAGCAUGUAAUAUUUUUUAGGAAUCCUCAGCAACAAACGUUGGCAUAUUUAUUCAACUUCACCUUUGGUAACUGAAUAAAGAGAAUCUGAGAUUUUGGUA